UAUUUUGUAUAUAUUACAUAUUUUAUAUACAACAAUGAUUUCAUUCAUUUUACAAUCUGUAACAAAAAAUAUGAUUUUAUUUAAUGAAAAACUUAUUACUUUACCAUGUUUGAAAUUCAUGAAUGUUCGAAAUAUUCAUUUAACCUCAAAUAUUAUGAAAGAAUUUCGAAGUGGAUUUUCCAAAGUAAGAGCUAAUACAAAAAGAAAAAAUGUAGUUAUGGAAGGAGAAAAAGCAAUUGAUUUUAUUGAUGUAAAAUCAAAAUCAUUAUUUCCUGAUGCUUCUACACUAUAUCAAUUUUUUGAUGGUGUACAAUAUACUCAAUUACAUGUUAUUAAUAUAAAAUCAUCUCAUAAUAAUACAAUAAUGUCUCUUACUGAUUUUAAAGGAUCAGGAAUAAUAUUACAUUCUGCUGGACUUGAAGGUUUUAAAAAUACAAAGAAAGGUACUAAUAUUGCAGCACAACAAGCUGCAAUUACAUUUGGAACACGUGUUCUUAAUCAUGGUAUUAAAACAGUCAAAUUAAGAAUACAAGGUAUUGGACCUGGAAGAAUGGGUGCUAUAAAAGGUUUGCAGCUAACAGAAUUAAAUAUUGUUUCUAUCACAGAUGAUACUAGAGUAUCAUGGAAUCCUCCAAGACCAAGAAAACAAAGAAGAAUAUAAGAUAUGUUGCGUAAUCCAAGAUAUAUAUUCUGAAACUCGAGUAUACACGCCUGGAAGUCGUGGCCGUGCACAUCCUACUCCGGAUGAAACUAUUCCUACAACCAUUACAUUACCAUUAAGAUGACUUGUGAUCAUCAGUGGUCCACCACUAUCACCCUAAAGAAAAA